GUCUCGCGCUGCUUUCGCUUUCAACUGGAGUCGGAGCGCAACUGGGCGAGAGCUGCUGCGCAUCUUCACGGAACCUGUUGGCGUCCAAAGCGAGAAAUAAGAAAGAAAAUGAAGGCGAUCGUGGUGGCCGUCGUGUUCGCGGCAGCGCUCUGCUUCGUCAGCGCCAAGAAGUCCCCUCCUAGGGUGUCGGUCUACAGCCGUAACCCUGGCGAGUUUGGGAAGGAAAACAAGCUGAUCUGCCACACUAGUCACUUCUAUCCCCCCAACAUCGUAAUUAAACUGAUGAAGAAUAACAAGGAGAUAGGGGACAGUUACCAGACUGACCUGACCUUCAACCACGACUGGCACUUCCAGCUCACCAAGACAGCACCCUUCAUUCCAGAGAAGGGCAAUGUGUAUACAUGCGAGGUCAUGCACGAUGGUGAACAAAAGGUCUACAGCUGGGAGCCUGACAUGUAGAUCUUUGGAGAAUUUCUUUGGGAUGCAGUACUAAAUGUGUGACCAGACAUUAUAUAUACUCUUGGAGUUUUGACAGUUUAUCAUCAAUCGGAACACAGUGUGGACUAAAAGAUGGCAACCAACCAGUUUGCAUAGAAAUUGAGAUGGAUGUGGAAUAAAGAAAUUACUGUAAUUCACUGAUGUAAAAAGUCGAAAAUGGCAAUUGGUUGUGUUGAUUUCUUAGACAGUUUGAUUUUACUUUCAUUGUUCUUUAUUCAUAAGUAGCCACAUAGAACAGCUUUACUUCACAUUCUUAAGUAUUUUUGAAAGUGCUUUCACUUGUUUCCAACUUUACAACUGAAAUAAAAUAGGGUGAUGUUAGGAUAGUUUUAUCAAUAGCAGCAUAAUGUUAGAAUCUGUAUCUUUGCUGGGAACACUACUGUGGUGUAGAAAUUCCAUUUCCCAUUAUAGUCAGUUGUCU